AUGGCUUCUUCAAGCAAUGACCCUGCCACUCAAGGCGGCUGUCCUGUCAACGCGACCGUGUUUGAUCUCUGCGAAGAUGGAGAAUACUAUGAGAGUGAUGAAGAAGCCCCUGAUUUCGAGACCCCCGUUCCACCACCGUCUCCGCCAAAGCUGGAGGCAGAUCCUUUCCGUCAUGUCUACGAUGAGACCAACCCCGAAGCUCCCUUCGAGCAAACCAUGGAACAGUUCAGGUCAGACUUACGAGAACAAAUUGCACAGAUGAUGUACGUCUCUGGAGAGACCGGCGAGCCUUCGGUUGAGACGACCGGCAUCAUUGAGGAGGUUGUUCGACAGCAAGUCGUUGAAAUUCUUCGCAGCUGCACCGAACUGGCUGCGCGCCGUGGUUCGCGAUCAAUCACCAUCAAUGACCUCAUCUUUCAGAUCCGCGAUGACGCCCCCAAAGUCUCUCGUCUCCGAACCUUCCUGUCGUGGAAGGAUGUCCGCAAGAACGUGAAGGACUCGGACGAUAAAGGUGGCGAUGUGGAUCUCGGCGCCGGCGAGGACCCCGUCGGUGGCCCUGUCGGCGGGCCCGUCGAUGAGACCGCCAAGAAGAACAAGAAGGCCAAAGUCGGCCUGCUCUGGGAGCCCUCGUCCUACUACAGCCAAGAGGUACCCGAGCGCGAUGACGAAGAGGACGAAGAAGAGGAAGAGAUGAACUACAUCACCCUGCAGCGCCUGCGCAAGGCCGACGAGCGCACCAAGGUCAUGACCCGGGAGGAGUACGUCACAUGGUCCGAGUACCGCCAGGCCUCUUUCACCUACCGCAAGGGCAAGCGGUUCCGCGAGUGGGCCGGAUUCGGCCUCGUCACCGACAGCAAGCCGUCCGACGACAUCGUCGACAUCCUCGGCUUCCUCACCUUCGAGAUGGUCCAGACCCUGACCGAGGAGGCCCUCAAGAUCAAGGAGCAGGAGGACCUGAUGAAGGAGCGCACCGGCGGCGAGAACGCGGCCGCCGGCAGCAAGAAGCGCAAGCUGGCCCAGGGCCUCUUCGACCCGCCCAGCGAGGGCCGCGCCCCCGUCGAGGGCCGACACAUCCAGGAGGCGUUCCGCCGCCUCCAGGCCCGCCCCAAGAAGUCCCGCGCCAUGCUCAACGGCACGCGGAUGGGCUCUCACACGAGCCUGAGGCUGUUCUGA